AUGAGGUCAACACUAACCUUUAAGGUACAUUCCUACCUUAUUAUCUUAUCAACUCUAUUCACCCCUUCUCUCUCCUUCGAUACCACAUCCUGGUCAAGUUCUAGCGCCACCAGACCCGAUUCCACGCGGACUUCCAACGCAGGCCCUCUCACGACAGUCUUCACCCCACCUGCUUCUUGCUUUACCCCACACACCAGCGUGUACUAUGGCAUCCCAUAUUUGUUACAGGGCGUUGAUGGCCCGAAUGGCGACGACUGUGCGCCAGAAGGUUGGAAAUUCGAUCGCUAUUAUAGUCCCGGUCAAUGUCCGUCGGGUUAUAAGGCUUGUACGUUGCCGACGGUGACGCAGAGGGUUGUUACUACUGAGAUUUGUUGUCCAAGUGGCUUCGACUGCAUGUUCCAAGACUACUGCGCCAAAACAUUCAAUAGCCCUUCCACAAUUACGUACUCCGAUUCAACGAUAUCAAUAAAGACAAGUGUUUGGGCCGCUACGGCUUCGGCCAUUCAGAUCCGGUUCCAGGCUAGUGAUUCUUCGGUUGUUCCUGUUCCGACGGAAUCCUUUAAAUUGCCCAUGCCUAAGAAGGAGCUCAGUACCAGAGAGAAGGCGGGUAUUGGUAUUGGUGCUGCAGCGGGUGCUGUUUUGCUUGGUCUUGGGGGGGUUCUUUGGGUGGAGGAUUUGGAAGAAGAGAAGAUUGUCCAAGGCUUUGGAGAGAGGGCCGGUGAGGGAGUCUUCAGUGCCGGAUGA